AUGCCACAUCUGGACAACUACUCCUCUUCGCAGUUGGAUGACGAGACCGACUAUGCACCGAUCCCAUUGUCAGAACGCCUUGCAAUUGAUGCGCAGCUGGACCAGCGAAAUUUGGAAAGGCUGAAGCGCCAAUCUCGAAUUCCGGACAUGUUCCUUCCCUCCUCUUUGGAGGACAUCCCCGAUCGCCAAGACCCGGACAGCGAAACUGACAGGGAUGGCCUGAAGACGCUACCUUUUGAGAGCAAGAGGGCCCACCGCCAGCUUUUGCUUUCCAAAGAAGAGGAAGAUGCCAUUUUUUCGGACCUCUUAACAACGGGGGCCGUGGAUUCUGGCAGCACGGGCACCCCGGUUGCCUCUUCGUCGAGUCCCUAUUCGCUUCGCGAUUUGAUUGGGCUUGAUUCUUGUCGCCGAAGAGCCGCACGGGACUAUCGCACCUUGUUGACCACUUUUCUGGAUGCCGAGGGCCGUUCUGUCUAUUCUAUGCGCAUCCGGGAAAUGUGCGCAACAAAUUCAGAAUCGCUUCAUCUGUCUUACCUGCACCUGGCAGAGGCAGCACCCCUGCUGACCAGGCUGCUUCUCGCUGCCCCGAGAGAGGUGCUUAAAAUUAUGGAUGAUGUGACGAUGCGGGUGGUGUUGGAGCAUUUCCCCGAAUAUGAUCGCAUCAGGCAGGAGCUGCGUGUCCGCAUCACCGACCUACCUUCGAUCGAAAGUAUUCGCGAUUUACGCAGAUCCCAUUUGAACGGACUGGUCCGCAUUUUGGGGGUCGUCACCAGACGCUCUUCAGUCUUUCCGCAGCUGAAGCUGGUCAAAAUGGACUGUGUCAAAUGCGGCGCAACGCUGGGGCCGUUCACUCAGGAUCUGUCCACGGAGCUCAAAAUCAAUGCGUGUACCGUUUGCGACUCUCGGGGUCCCUUCCGCAUCAACGAGUCGCUGACCGUCUAUCGCAAUUAUCAGCUCAUUACACUGCAGGAGGUACCUGGCAGUGUGCCUGCUGGCAGACUCCCGCGUUCCAAAGACGUGAUUUUCCUAUCUGACCUGAUCGAUUCUGUUCGCCCGGGAGACGAGGUUGAUCUGACAGGCAUUUAUGCAUACAAUUACUCGUACCAGUUGAACGCAAAACACGGCUUCCCGGUCUUUUCGACCGUCAUUGAGGCAAACGUUGUUCAAAAGCGGAGCGGAGAUUCGCCCGGCUCAGAUCUGAUCCUUCUGACGGAGGAUGAGAUCCAGAAGAUCAGGCUUCUUGGCACAGACCCAAAUAUUGGGCGCAAGAUCGUAAAUGCCAUUGCACCCUCCAUUUAUGGCCAUGAGAACAUCAAGAUGGCCAUUGCGCUUGCCAUGUUUGGGGGCAUCCCCAAGUCUUUGCAAAGAGGCAGAAUUCGCUUAAGGGGCGACAUCAAUCUGUUGAUGUUAGGCGAUCCCGGCACAGCAAAGUCGCAGUUUUUGAAAUACGUAAAUGGCAUCGCACCGCGCUCUGUCUAUGCCACGGGGCAGGGGGCUUCUGCCGUCGGUCUGACAGCCUCCGUGCGCAAGGACCCGGCAACGAGAGAAUGGACGUUGGAGGGCGGCUCCCUAGUGCUGGCAGACAAGGGCAUAUGCCUGAUAGACGAGUUUGACAAGAUGAACGAUGCAGAUCGUACUUCCAUCCACGAGGCUAUGGAACAGCAGUCGAUCUCCAUUUCAAAGGCGGGCAUUGUCACCUCGCUUCAAGCAAGAUGUUCCGUCAUUUCGGCUGCAAAUCCGCUGCGCGGUCGCUAUAACGCUUCGCUGAGCUUUGGGCAGAAUGUGGAUCUUUCCGAACCGAUUCUCUCCCGCUUUGAUAUUCUGUGCGUGGUCAAAGAUGUUGUCGAUGUGGAAAAUGAUUCCAGAUUGGCAUCUUUUGUGGUUGAAAGCCACGACAGGUCGCAUCCUGACCAAAACCGGGGCAAAAAGGAAAAUCAGCCAUCGGCCGCCCUUGACCAGGGCACCGAGGAAAAGGAGAUGCUGCGCAAGUACCUAAUCUUUGCCAAGAGCCGUGUGUUCCCAAUGCUGCGUUCGUCAGUGGAGUCCGAGAAAAUUGCUCGUGUUUAUGCAGAGCUGCGAAAAGAGUCCAUUGCAACAGGUGGCAUCCCGAUGACGGUCCGCCACGUCGAGUCUAUGGUGCGCAUGGCAGAGGCACAUGCCCGCAUGCACUUGCGCGAAGAAAUCCUUCCCGUGGACGUCAAUACGGCCAUUCGCAUGAUGCUGGAGUCAUUUAUUUCCUCCCAAAAGUAUGCCGUCUCAAAGAGACUCCAGCGCACCUUUUCUUAUUACCUCUCCUCUGGUCGAGAUGUAGAGCAGCUGCUCCUUUUUACGCUACAAGAGCUCGUGCGAGAGACUCUUGCUUACUACCAGCAUCGCUAUAGUUCGUCCCCAAUCUCAAUGCCCAGGGUGCUUUCCAUCGAUCGCACUCUGUUCCUUGCCAAGGCAAAAAACCUGGGCGCUACCGAGGUGCAGCAAUUCUUUCGGAGUCAUGCCUUUCAAAGUAGAGGGUUUCGCUUGGGGCCUGAAGGCCGCAAUGCCAUCGAAAUCGAUAACCCUCUGUGGGUGGGUCCGGUCUAA